AUGGCGUCGACUAAAACAUGUGUGCUCGUUUUAAUGUUAUAGUUUUUCUUCGAUAACUUGACCAUUUUUCAAUAUCAUUUUCUGAAACUUCUUGGGACGAUUGCUGGAUAACCAGUCCAUAAAUGUCUAAGUUAAUGGGGCGAGGAAGCACCUCCACAACCCAUAAUGGCCCGGGGUUGGUGCUGGAGUGUGAGAGUGAAGGAUUAUCUGAUGUCCAAAUCACCAAGAUUCAGAAACUUGAAGAUGAUCUGCUGAAGCUCCAGUUCAUGCUCAAGAAUGGGGCUGUGCAGAAUGAGAAUGUCUCUGUACAAACCUUGGUUAAUGGCACAGCAGGGAGUAACAUUACCUCAGUGGCUGCCACUGUGGCUCAGCCUCUUUCCAAUGGCACCAAUGUGGUUGGUCUUCAAGUUCCCCAGUUUCUGCUGCUUCAGAAUGGUCAGAUGAUUGCUACCACCGGUACUUUGCCAACGAAUGGGCAGACUGUCACCACUACUCCAGCAACCAGCUUUGUAGCAACAACAUCAACAGUCAGUGUCAGCCCCUCCAACACAACAACUGAUCCUGUCAGUAAAUCAAAGACUUCUACCAUACGUACCACCACAACAAGCAGUGCCACAUCCAUAGCAACCAGGUCGACGAGAGGAAGCAUUGUCAACAAGAACAAUACGACCAAUAGCACGAACAGUCCUGACAUUCAGGUGUUACGAGAGAUGAGGAUCCCCACACAUACCCAGAGUUCUGAACUACCUACACAGACAACAUCUACCAUAUCAUGUGGUAACAGCCCUCCAAAUACCAGUGGCGGGACAAGUCCUCCCAUCAAUAAGUUCUUGCCCCUACUUAAUGUUAUCGCCAGACCAAAGAACACCCUUCCCCCAGCAGUUGCAAUUAGUCUACGGAAAGAACUCGAUGCAGAAAUUAAAUCGGUCCUCUUCAAAUCUCCACAAGAGUUCGUUGAGUGGUUGCUCACUGUAAGGUUAAUACGCAACACCCAGUAUUGUUCAAUACACAAGAUACCAUUCAGCGAAACUCCUGUGAAACUCACACUGGGAAAGUUCUUGGACCCAAAAGUUCUAUCCUCUAGUGGAGGAUACGUGUGGAUUAGUGAGUGUUGUGGAAAGAAGUAUGUGUCCGUGUACAGUGGUUCUAUCUUCGGGUCAACUCCAAUCGACAAAGUACCUCCCACUUCUGUGCUCAAACUGGUAUACCACUGGGCGUGCCAGACUUCUAUCAGCAAUGUGGAAUUAUGGGUUAAGGUGGAAAAAACUUUCAUCAACAAAAUGUACCAGUACAUGAGAUGCAUAAGUUCUGUCAUGCUUCAAGAUAAGGUAUAUGAUUUUGGCUUUGAUGGAACAACUGUAGAGCUUGGCAUUGUCAGUCUUGGCACCAGCACAGCAGAUGGCGCUAAGAAAGCACUUAAGGUGGAGAUCCUGGGUCUAUAUGACCGAAUAAUGAAAUCUUACCGGUUGUUUGCGUUUGAACCUGAACCAGGUAGUUCAUCACGGCGGUUUGUGCGCAUUCUCAAGCCAUUAGAAAGAGUUGUUCAUAUCAAUGCCAUAAUACUCUGUGACCAGUCUGUUGACAGAAACUGUUUAUACAACAUGAAUUAUGGAAAGGUUAUUGUAUGUGAAACAAGUGACAAUGAAGAGAACCUUCAAUCUAAUGCAAGAAUUAUGUCUUACUUACGGAGACAUGUCCCUAAGAUGUUUCAGGGUGCACUGUCACAUCUAAAUUUAGAACAAGUACAAUUGGUUUUAGAUGAAUUAUGUUGGCGUGAGCGAUAUGGCUACUGUGCAGCACAGGCUUACAUCAAAAUGGUCGAUCAUAUCACAUAUCUCACGGCACAGGAGGUCGAGAAUCCGGGGGUAUUGCAUCUUCUAGAUUUUGUCUCUCAAAAACCUCAGCAUAACUGGAGAUACAAAAGUCAACAUAUUGGGCAUAUAGAGCCUCCUUCCCCGAGUGUUACAUCCUUUCAAACAGGAAGAGGAGCCUCAGAUACUCAAACCCCCAUAAAACACACAAAGAAGAGGACUUUAUCUCAGAAGCAAGGCUCCUCACUGGGGGCUCCAGGAAGCAAAGUUCCUGUAGCAUCAGUAUCUCCCAAAUUUGAUUCUGUAGCACUGGAGCCAUGUUACUAUGGUCAAAAACACGGAGUUGCAAAUAUGGGUCGUGAAGAAAACAUUCACAUGUUUAAUUGCCACAUUUGUAAUGAGGUGUUCAAUAGUAAUUUGGACUUUUACUCACACUUGAAGUUUCAUCUUUGUCACAAUGCUGGUGUUAAUGAUAAAUUCUGCUGCAACUAUUGCAUUGAACAUUUUGAAACGGAAGAAAAGAGAGAUAACCACCAUAAAUUUCGUCAUAUGCAAGUGGAUGCAAGUUGCUUUUGGUGCCGAAUAUGUUCAAACCCUUUCAAAGAGGACUACCAGCUAAUAGACCACAUGACUGUAGAACACUACCCGAGUGAACUUCCUUACCGUUGUGAACUCUGCCACUUCGCUACAUCGAUUUACUUCAGCGUCAUUGAUCACUUCAAUAAAGAACAUAAAGAAACACCACAUGUUCAGUGUCACUUCUGCCUCAGAGUGAAAUCCAUCACCACCACAUCUGCGAACACUUUCUCCCAGCGGAUGUUCCAGCAUUUACUGAACCAUUCUUUCCAAGUUUGGAAAUGCAAAUCCUGUGUGCUGUCCUUUUACAGUAAAUAUAUUCUUGAUGAACAUAAAAGAAGAGAUCAUAUUAGUUGUGUCAAUGUUAAAGGUCUUCAACGUUAUAAAGUGCCUGCUGGUCAGAAUCGCAUUAUGUUUAGGCCAUGGGUGAAAAGUGCACCAAUGCCAAAUCAAGAUGUGACCUAUUAUGCUAACAGCCAACAAAAUUCCAUUGUGGCAAUAUCCUCAACUCUUGAGGUGAUAAACAACUUGAAGGUAGACACCAACGAUGAAGAUAAGAGUUACUACUGUAUUGAGUGUGAUGAAAGUCUCACCCUCGAAAAUCAUUUCAGGGUGUUUCAGAAGUGUGCUAAAUGUAGCUAUGCAACAUGUUGCAGUAGUAUGAUCAGCAGGCAUGACCAAGUGUUUCACCCUAGUGGAAUAAACAAACGACACUACAAUAUUGGCCCACCUAUUAUACUUCCUCAACCACUAUUCUGUAUCUGUGGAUUCAGCACUCGCAGUGGUAACCACCUUGCACGGCAUCUUGCUUUAUGUGAAGGUGGAAGAAAGUCUGCCUAUCCAUCAGUGUCAGAUGUCAUGGUGUAUCAUGGAGACCCAGUAACUGGAGGGGCAUUAUCUUUGGCUAAUCUUGGCCUCAGCAACAUUGCUGUGAGUGGUAUUCUAUCACCUGGAACAUUACUACCGUCAGUAACACCUGAUGUUCAAGAGACACGCGAGCCAUCACUGGACAUUACUCAUUUUAUGAGCGUGAGUAUGGAAGUGGAUGAUUAAGGUUGAGACUUGACGACAAUGAUAGAUUGAUUAACAAACCUAUAGUGUAAGAAGGCUUAUACAGUACUUUCAGUGUACUGUACAGUAUAUUUCUUAGUAACAAUACCUUGGGCCACUUCAGGAGCAUAUUUUAAAAACAUUCAGUACGUCACCAAAAAAGUGUUUUUAACAAAUCUUAAGAGCGUCCAAUUGUCAAAAUGUUGAAAAUUAACAUGGAGUUGUGUUGCAUUGUUCACAGUGCUAGAUAUUUAAAUGACAGAUACAACCUAUUUAAUAUAGUUGUUCUUUUAUAAAAUGAAACGUGUAUUGUGCUUGGUGAUUGUAUUGUAAAUAUAUCUUGUUUAAUGCAAAUUUAUUUUCUUUUACAAAAUGAAACAUUUAGUUUUGAAUUUUAGGUCUUAAGAUAAUACUACUUUUGAUAUGGAAAUUGUUUUGAUACGUAUACAGUAUUGUGUUUACAGGAGCAAAACUUUGCUGAUGUAAAUUUAUUAAUUGUUCAUUUUAUGCAGGUACACUGUCCCCUUGCUUAACACGAAGGUUGCAUUUCCAGAAAACGCUGUGUAGAGCAAACCCAUUAUAACAUGGGGAGAUAGGGAAUGCGUCAGGUGAACCCCCAAAAAAUCCACCCCCUCCACCAAAAACACUCCAAAACCAAAGUUCAAAGAUAUCUUACAGCUCUAAAGUAGCUCACUAAUACUCAUACAUACAUCUACCAAAUUCACAUAAACAUAAUGUUGUGUAGGCACUAGCAUGUCCAUAAAAUCAAUUCCUGAAAGUUUAACACAGCAGCCAUUUGCAGAGGCUGGCUGAGUUUUGAAUGGUCUCCCACAAACCUUUGCAUAGUAACCCAUCCUGGUUGGAGACUCUCCCCUUCCAACUGGCACACAAAGAAAUGUUAAUUCAUUUUAUGCCUUUGACCUAAUGAUUAAUUUUUUAUUUUCACAUUCUGUAUAUAAGAUUGUGUGUGCAUGUAACUGAAUAAAAAAAUAUGAAGAAAGUUAAAUUUAUGUACCCAAAUUUAUCAGUUGAGAAAUAACCAUAACGUAAAUCUUGCUGGCUCAUGAAGAACUGUUUAUUCAUUUUGACUGCCCUAUUGAUUUUUGUGUGUGUCUGUGUGUUAGGAGUAUUUGUGGUGGUGGUGCGAGAGAAGUGAUUGUGAUGUUGCUGGGGAAGUGAUUGUGGCGAAGAGUAUGAAGUAAAGCUAUAUGAUGAGGGCAGUGUGGUGUUGGUGGUCAUCGUGUGUGUGUGUGAGGUGAUGCAGGCCAGCCACCGCCAGCCAGUUCCUCCUCACACCAGUGUUUUGCCUCAAGAUCCAUCGUGGAAGCAUGUGUUGCUUCCCUUAACUCUCAGUUAUUUAUGAACUUCUUUGCCCACUAUACAGAUAAAAAAAAUAUUGUAAAUAAAAAAAACUGCUCUGAAAUUACAAAGAAAAUGUUUAGGUGGAGCCAUGGUAACAAAAGCAAGCAAAAAAACAAGUUAAUCCAAGUGAAGUUUUUGUUUGAGGCUGGAUCAAGCACCAGCUAAACUCUGGACUGCUGGCCUGCACAAAAAAUUUUCUACCUGACUGCUUUCAGUCAAAUUAUCCAGUGUUAGCCUGUCUAAACCCAUGUUUCAUGUUUCAGUGAAUCUUAGCCCCAUGUUAAGCGAUACCAGGUAGUAAUAAAAAAACUGUUCAAGCAAAUCUACGUUGAACAAACCCACGCUAAGCGAGGGGGAAUUGUAUAUCCAUGUUUAUGAUAAAGUUCUCUUCCUAUAGACUCCCAUUAUGAAAGCCACGAUGUGUUCCUACAGAAAAGGAAAAAAAAAAAGAUAAAAUGCCAGAAAUCAUAUUUUUAAUGGAAAAUUUGGACAAUGAUUAUAAGCCAAUAAUAAGCCUAAGUGAAAUACAGUACAGUUUGGUAAUAAAUUUAUACUGAAGAGUAACCAAAGAAAAUGGUUCAGACAGGUACUUAAGGGAAAUGUCGUAACUGCCAUUUACAGCAAGAUAAACUCAACUCUUACCUGUAUAGUUUAUGGUUUAUCUUCUUUUUAAUAGUGUAUAGGAUAGCAAGCUUAUGACAAAGGAUAAGCUUAUAUGGUGUCAUACAACUUACAAUUUAAAGUCAGAUAUUGUGCAAUGUCAAUACAGUAAUCUGGCAUUCUAAGCUCCUGCAGCCCUCUAUUAUGUAGUUUGAUUUUAAAAAAUAUAUAUUUUUAUUUUAA